AUGGAGAGUGCGCUCAAGGUUGGUGGUAGCAGAGGGCGAGGCCGAAGAAAGAGACAACAUGGCCAGAGCGUGCACCCAAAGUCGGAUGUGGCGGAGAGGGAUAUCCUCGACUACCUCCAGCGUCCCGCACCGAGGAAAACCUUCAAAGAUAUUCGCCCUUACUCUGUCCGCGGCCGAUCCUUUCCUUCAACCGUCCUUCCUUCCUUGCGACCUCGUCAUCCUCUCGCGAGAAUCUGCCGGCCACCUGCUCCGCCGCUACCUGCCUCCGUUGAAACCCUAAGACCCUCCGCCGUUUACCCUCCUUCAACCGACGGAGAACCGCUGAAUUCCUCGGUCGAAAACGUGAAUCCCCACGGCACCUCCGCGUCUCGAUUCUCGAGGGCGAGCGGGGUCGGCGUGGAGGGGCUGGAGGCGGUGGUGACGGCCGCGUGCCCGAGGUUGGAGGCGCUUGGAUCUGAUCGCAUUGCGUGGGUUGGGGAUAGGGAGGCGGCGCGCGGUGGCCGAAUGGCAAGGGGUUGCAGGAGGUGCAGGCUGGAUAGUGUUUGGAGUGACCGAUGGGGGCUUGCGAGGUGCGGCGGGUGCGGGGGGAGGUUGGAGAGAUUGGGGGUGAAGUGGUGCAUGGAGAUUUCCGACAUCGGGGUCGAGCUUCUUGUGAAGAAGUGUAGGGGGAUUAAGGUGCUUGAUGUUUCUUACCUCAAGAUUACUAACAAAUCCCUGCAUUCGAUCUCCUCCCUUGAAAAAUUGGAAGUUCUCUCUAUGGUUGGAUGCUCUCAUAUAGACAAUGAUGGCUUGAGAUAUCUUAACAAUGGGAGGAACUCCUUGCUGUCUAUUGAUGUUUCGCGUUGUGACAAUGUGACUUCCUAUGGUUUAAUCUCGGUAAUUGAAGGGCACAAGUCUAUCCAAAAGCUUAAGUCUGGCGAUUGUUUUCCUGAUAUCUCACCAGUUUUCUUCUCCAAGCUGAGUCUUCUAAAGAGGACUCUCAAUAAUUUAAAACUUGAUGGAUCACAAGUCUCAGCUUCAAGUCUCAAAGCUAUUGGUCUCAACUGCAAAAACUUGAUAGACAUCAGCCUUAGCAAAUGUCGUGGUGUAGAUGAUGAAGGCAUCAGUGAGCUUGUGAAGAACUGCACUGAUCUAAGAACUAUCGAUCUCACAUGUUGCCAUCUUGUUAUGGACAAAGCUAUGUCUGCAAUAGCCAGCCACUGUAAGAACCUUGAAUGCCUUCGAUUAGAGUCCUGCACUUUACUGACCGAGAAGGGCAUGGAUUGCAUCGGUACUCGUUGUAGCAAUCUCAAAGAGCUUGAUCUCACUGAUUGUAACAUGAAUGAUGCAGCAUUGAAGUUUUUAUCUAGAUGCUCCAAGCUUAUGGUAUUAAAAUUGGGGCUCUGCUCGGGCAUCAGCAAUGAGGGACUAGCGCAUGUUAGCUCUAAUUGCAGAAAUCUCCGAGAACUUGAUCUCUAUCGCUGCAGUAGGAUCAACGAUGAUGGCUUGGCCUCAUUAGCCAUCAGCUGCAAGAAGCUGAAGAAAUUAAACAUUUGCUACUGCAAUGAGAUCACUGACAAAGGGUUGAAGCAUCUGAGUUCUUUAAAAGAGCUCCAGGAUCUCGAGAUGAGGUCGCUAUAUAAAGUUACUAGUUUGGGAAUUACUGCAAUUGCCAUGGGUUGCAUUAGCUUAACUGAACUAGAUGUGAAGAAAUGCUACUCUGUUGAUGAUAUGGCAAUGUCUGCUCUUGCACAGUAUUCUCCAAACCUCAGACAGAUUAAUAUAUCGUACUGCCCGAUAACUUUCAUUGGUCUAUGGAAACUACUCGGAAAUCUGAGAUGUCUUCAAGAUGCGAAGCUGGUGCAUUUGACCAGGAUAUCAGUGGAGGGGUUUGAGCUCGCAUUGAGGGCGUCAUGUGGUCGGCUGAAGAAACUGAAAUUGGUUACAGCGAUGAAGAACUUACUGCCCCCCGGAUUGCUACAAAUGCUUCAGGCACGAGGCUGCAGGCUUCGUUGUCUCGAUAAACCAGUUACCUCGAGACUUUAUUAAGCCAAAGUUUGGUUUCUGAGUACUUGUGUGAAGCUGUGUUGGUUUUGGAUAAAAUGAGAACUUACUGUUUGGCUCUACUGUUGUUGUUGUAAAUGUGGGCUUCUAGCAACUUAUUAUGUGAUGUGCUGCCCAAUAUUUAGUAUCCAGCAUCAGAAUCUUAUAUUGCCUUUUUAAGCUGCGACUCAAAUGUAAAUUUUGUAUCCUUUGUAAUAAAUAAGUAAAGAAGCUUGCUGCUCA